AUGCGCGCUGUCGCUUGGAAUGUCCAUUUUACUAUCGGCGAAGACGAGGACCCCGGCGCCUUUGCCGGAAUCUACCAAGUUCCGGGGAGCAAUCUGGUGACCUUUCGCGACGUUUGCGACGAGCUACGACUUUGCUUCGAAUACCCAUACGAUAUUUCGGAGAACGAGAACGAGAAAACCUGGAAUGAUAUUGCAUUCUCGUUGAAUCAAGACCAUUCCCCGAGCUCUUUAGAUCCCGACUUGUCUUUCGUGACGGAGGCAAAAAUGGACCAAGCUGUACCAAGUCUGGCGCCUUUGCGCCCCAAAGAACAGAACGUCUUAUCCUAUCAUAUAUACUAUCACAAGAACUGCACUCUACCUCCUGGUUCACCACUCGAGUCUCACAUGCAGGCCAAGUGCGCCAAACAUCUCCCGAAUCCUAGUCGUCGUCGCGAUCCACGAUACCUACCGCCGAAUAAAACACCCUCCGACCCGAAACUCACCGUCAUGCCUCUGCGGAAAAAGCUCAAAGCUCGCUCCGUGUCUCCAAGCAAACGAUCAGCAUCUGGGUCGGCUUCACCCACGAAAGAAGUCGAUGACGAGUUCGAGAACGUGGUUGCACCCGCGAGCCUGGAAAUCGACCUCGAUGAGGCUAGAAAGGUCACCAACGAAUUCAGGUCCUCGUGCCUCAAUAGAGCAACAUCAUGUGCUGUUUCGGGUGAAGGAGAGUCGUGGUGUCCAGGUCCUCCCAUUGGUCCAGGCAUUCAGGCUUGCCAUAUCAUCCCUCAGCACCACUAUCAUGUGUAUCCCGUCGCUGGCGGUGACGCAGAUGACGAUGUUCCUCUUGAAGCGAGUAAUCGCAGGCUGAAAGAAGCAUGGCAAAGCACAUGGAGCCCGAGGAACGGCAUCCUACUCAUGAAGCACCUUCAUGACUUUUUCGACGCACGACUCUUUUCCAUACAUCCUCGCACACUCCGCAUCCGAGUUUUUGUCCCAUAUAAUGCCCUGACGAGAUUCAACGGCCAAAGAGCCUCAUUACCUAAUACGAUCGAUCGAAAGGCCCUACGCCAUCACUACGAAAUGUCAUGCAUUGAAAACAUGGCCGCUGAACGACCAAUCCUAGAAAUCAUCUCGCCUACUGCGAGUAGGAUGACUUCAGGCCUGGCAACACCGCUUACCGCGAAAACUGAUUUGCCUGCAACCCCGACCUCGGGAGACCCGGGCAAUGCGAGGGUAGGCGACCCGACUAAGAAAUCGAGACCAAACUAUCCCGAUCAAUACCAACAAAGAGAUAGUUCGACGCCUGGUGACUCGCUACAUACACUUCAUAUAGCAGAUUUGGUGGUUGAGCGAGGGCAGAAAAGGAAGGGACUAGGUGACGACGACGCUUGUUCGCUGGAUAUGUGGUUAGAGCACGAUAAUCGUGAGGAGUUCUUGAAAGACGUGGAUUGGGAACUACGUAAGCUUAAGAAGAGACGUCAACACAUUGGUUAA